GUCGAAAUGAUACCUCAUGACUACAUUUGACGCUUAAAAAUCUGCGUCGAGCGUCAGCAUGAAAUUGCACCUCUAGGAUCCAACACCGCAAUUGUGAAACUUGCGCUGUCAAAAAAUGGUGUCAACAAGAGGUCCUAAAUUCAAAUUUUCCGAUGGCGAAAAAGUCUUGUGUUAUGAACCAGAUCCAACAAAGGCCAAAGUUUUGUACGAUUCAAAGGUGUUGGAUGUUAUCGUCAACAAAGAUCAAAGAGGUCGCAAGGCAGUAGAAUAUCUCAUACAUUUUCAGGGAUGGAAUUCAUCUUGGGACCGUUGCGUAACGGAAGAAUAUGUUCUCAAAGAUACAGAAGAAAAUCGCCAGCUUCAAAGAGACCUUGCUCAAAAAGCACAACUCCAGCUUGGUGCGUAUUUGUACCGAAGAGAAAGAAAAAAACGUAGUCACAAACUCUCUGAGCGCUCAGCUGGAUCAGGAACAGAACCUGGUCGUAGAGCGAGAAGUGGUGGCAGCCGCGCAACAUCAGCGACUACAGGCUCUUCCGAAGAUGGCAGUUCUGGUCAACAGGAUGACUAUGAUACCGAAGAAGCUGCAACAGAAGAGGAUACAGAAAGUAGUUCUGAAUAUGGUGAAGAAAGUAGUGAGGGUGAUGAAAGUGGAGGUGGCAGUCAUUCUGGUGGAAGUCAUCGUCCUGGGAUUGAUCUUGAUAUAGGAGCUACAUUGAAACGUUUAUUAGAGCAGGAUCAUGAUCUUAUAACUCGUAAAAAUAAGACUGCUGUUCUACCAGCACAGCCAACAGUCUUAAAUAUUUUGGAGACGUGGGUGCAACACUUUACAACUACACAAUUAACAAAUAUUCCCGAUAAGCCACCGCGGAGCAAGUCCAGCAAUACUAUAGAAAAAACUAUUAACGAUGUCAAUAUCUGCAGAGAAGUAGCUGAUGGAUUGCGAAUUUACUUUGACUUUACGCUUGCUGAUCUAUUAUUGUACACAGAAGAGAAAGAACAAUACCAAAUGUUUCAAGCAUCUUUUCAAUAUACAGACCUCAUACCUUCUAUUAAAGAGGAAACUUUUGACAAUUCGGAACAUCAAGUUACAGUGAAAGAAGAACUUGAAGACACAGAGUUUGCUCACUUACCGCCAUUCAGAGAGCAUGAGUCUGAAAUGGAAAACACAUCUCCUAAACCUCCUGUGGAAGCCAAACGUCGAUUACGAUCCUGUAGAGUAAGCUCUGUAGAUGAAGGCAGGCAACUUCGCUCCUAUGAUGAAGUUAAACAAGAGCCAGGAAAUAUGUCAAGCAUAGCAAGUACAAGUUCACGAUGUUCCAGUCCUCGUGGAUUACCUUUAAGAUUGCCAGUCAUUCCAUCUGCUCAAAUCGGAGCUCUACUUCAACAAUCAAACGCUUGGCGCCUAGUACCUGAGUCUGAAAAACGUCAAAGCCCUCUGGCUCCGUCCAUGUAUUAUGGUGCGAUCCAUCUCACAAGAUUGUUUGUGAAAUUGCCAGAUUUGUUGCAGGUGGUUGAUAUAUCUGACAAAAAGCUUAAAACACUUUUAAAACAUCUGGACAUGUUUUUGAGUUUUUUGGAAAUGCAUAGAGAAUGGUUUGGAGAACAAUUCUACUCACAAGCAGAAAUUCCACCCAUCAGACAAAUUUUUAGCUUAUAGCAGAUCGAGAUUUACCAGAAAGAUGACUACCUGUAAUUAGAUAUGUGGCUACAAGUAAGAAAUAUCGAUAAUGUUCCCCGUAUAGAUAGAUAAGACGACAAAUUCUGAAUGACUUGUAAAUAUACUCGCUAUCAAAUCACUACAAUUAAUUAUAGAUGUAAAAUCAUCACCAAUGUAAUAUACGGCAUAAAAUGAAAUUUCAUUUGUGAUUCAUACACAGUAUAUUUAGGUUUUUUCAUUUAUUACGAGUAGAGACAAUGUACAACAUAUUCGUAUGUAACUACACUUGAAGGGAAGGUUUACAGCCCUCCAUGGGUUGAAGGAUGAUUAAACUGCGGUCUUAAUAA